CAGGUGAGCGCCUCACAGGUAAAAAGGUCCGGUGAUGAGGCGACUGUGAGCAGGUGUGCUGAUGGAGGAACAGGAGCAGGCUGGGGAGCCCAGACACACCGAAGGAAACCGAAGGGGGAGGAGAACAGUGGAGGGCCAGAAGGAGGGAUCUGCUCUCACUCCUAAUGGCAUCUUUUCUUGCACUGUUCAGACGAACCCCAGUGAAACCUGAAACUGCAGAAGGUUCACCAGGCUGUCGCUUGCAGGGCUUGGCUUCCCCUUCAAAUCAAAGGGGAUUUCAGCACAGACGCUGCAUGAUACUGAGAGGAAACGAUGCUCCCGUUGGCCAGUCUGUGUGUGGUUCUGUGCGUCAGCUGCAGCUUGGCCACGCCCACUACUUUUUACAGUCGUCUGGAGGGAAGCACAGAUGAGGAGGAACUCAACUUGAAUUCCUUCAUGUCCACCACAGUCCCUUCCACUGAACGCCGAACGCCGCCGACAGAAGCUGCCGGAGUAGAUCAGGAUUUCCUCAGAGACAUGGUGGACUUCCUGGAGAGAAACGUGCUGCUCAUCCUGGUGAUAACAGCGCUGGUCCUUCUGGUCUUCCUCAUGAUCUGUGGGGCGCUUCUGAUAACCCACAGGCGUAAAGUCAAUUCCUACUACCCCGCCUCCUUCCCUUCAAAAAUGUAUGUGGACGAGAGGGACAAAACCGGAGGAGCUAGAUCCUUUAACGAAGUGCAAGGAAAAGCUGCGUCUGAACAUGAAAGUACGCCGGUGGACUCCCACAAGCAGCUCCAGGCCGACAUCAUGAGAGCGGCCAAGAGUCUGCGAGCUUCCAGUAAAUCUACAGAGAAAGGUGAGCCCUGCCAACAGGAAGCAGACCCCGCUUCUGAAGACGUCUCCAAAUCAAACAGCAGCAUCCUGGACCAGGAGCUUCCAAGUGUCCCUGAGGAGAAGGAGCCGGGUGAGCUCAGUGACAGUGGAGCAGCAGAAGGUCCACAGCUGGAGCUGCAUCCCGGAGACCAGGAUUCACAGGAGCCCGCAGCUGACGGGAACCUCCGGCCAGCUUCUCUGCACAUUCACAAUGACUCCGCCACACUCCAGCUUCUCGCAGGAGAGAAAACGGCUUUCUGAGAAGCAGAAGACAUUGAUGGAGGAGUUUCUGUAACUUUUUGUUCACUGCAGCAGAAGGCCAGACCCACCGAAUAAAAUUUGAGCAACUUUAAAAGUUUAAAUGCAACCAAAAAAAAAACUAUUUUGUACUUAUUUUAUAUGCCAUAUUUAUUCAAAAACAAGAGUUACUUUUGUAUGCAAACAAGUGUGAGAAAACACUAAUCUGUUCCAGAUAACUGAAGAAAUAUUUAACUUUGGAUACAAUAAAACAAUCAGCACUCCUGAGAACAUGUUUA